AGUUGAGUCAGCAUGGAGCUGCAUACUUGCUCAUUCUGUACUGCUCACACACACACACACACACACACACACACACACACACACUUCAAGCUGCAAAUAAGAUCAGGACGUGAGGUGCACACACACACACAGACAUCGCCUCAGGACGUCAGUGCAACAUAUGCAUGAGGAAGUGUGAAAGUAUGAAAAUGGAGCAGAGCUAACUGAGAGACCCAAACGAACUGAUGAAGCAGAUGGACUGAUGUGACAGAAGUUUGAAGGAGUGCAGCACUCAUGGCAGGACCAACCGGACAAGAACCCAUAAAGACUCAGCAGAAGUGCAUUGCCAUCUUUGCACUGCUAUGCUGCUUUGCUGUUCUAUUGGUGCUUAUCUUCUCCUCCGUGGAUAUUUGGGGGGACGGCGAGGAUGGCAUCACAGAGGAGAAUUGUCGCACUGACUGUCGCAUUGUCCUGAUGGAGACAAUCCCCGAGGAUCUUCAACAACACCUGAAUGCCAGACCGAAUUUGCCGCUAUUUGUUGGCUUCCAUACCCUCCUGGACCAAGCUAAGCAUUCAAUCCAGGUAGUGUCACCGGUUUGGAACUUGAGGGCCUCGGAAAAAGAACCUGUGCCGAGCACAGGACGACAGGGUCAUCUUUUAUUCCAGAGAUUGCUCAACUUGAAAUCCCGUGGGGUCAAACUCAAGAUUGUCAGCAAUCUGACAAACUCUGCAGAACAGAAGAUUUUGGCAACACACAAUGCAGAGAUUCAUUUGGUUAACAUGACAGCUUUUACCCGUGGAGGACUCCAUUCCUCAUUCUGGAUCGUAGAUCGGACACACUUUUACGUUGGCAGUGCUGACAUGGACUGGAGGUCCUUCUCCAAGAGAAAGGAGCUGGGCCUGAUGGUGUAUAACUGCAGUUGUCUGGCUCUGGACCUCCACAGAGUAUUUUCUUUUUACUGGCAGCUCCAUGACAGGGACUACAUCCCCUCAAUCUGGUCCAGGAGAGUUACAGCACUCUAUGGCAGACACCAGGCCCUGGAGCUGGAGCUCAACAAUACCCCCGCAGUUGCAUAUGUGUCUACCUCCCCUGAUCUCUUCUGUGCUAAAGAGCGCACCAGAGAUGUAGACGCCAUCAAUCACGUCAUGCAGAGUGCAAAGACAUUCAUCUUCAUUUCUGUGAUGGACUACCUCCCCCUGGUCAGCAGGCGCCUCAGAGGAGCCUCGGUCACAAGGUACUGGUCACCCCUUGAUGAGAUGAUCAGAGAGGCUGUGGUUCUGAGAGGGAUCAAAGUUCGCCUGCUCAUAAGCUUCUGGAAGAACACUCACCCGCUCACCUUUAACUUCGUAACCUCCCUCAAGUCGCUGUGCAUGCAGCCGUACAACUGCUCUCUAGAGGUGAGAUUUUUCAGUCACAAGCCGCAAAAGGAUGACAUUCAACAUGGACUCAAUCAUAACAAGUACAUGCUGACUGAAAACGCUCUUUAUAUUGGGACCCAUAACUGGGUGGGAGAUGAAUUUUCCAAUAAUGGAGGCGUUGGGCUGGUGGUCCAGAUGAAAAAUGGUGGAGGGAAGAUCAUGGAACAAGUGAAAGCUGCUUUUGAAAGAGACUGGACUUCACCUUAUUCUAAAAAUCUCUUGGGAAACAAAGAUCGAUACAACAAAUACAAACACUUGCACCAAGUGGAGACGUAGGAGGACAAGUGGAAUGAACCUGAACCUAUAUUUCAAUAUACCGACUAUUUUUCUGUAACUUUUAUUUAAUCUUGUAUUUAAUGUGAACAUGCUGCACUCUGCACUACUAUGAUGAACGGCUUAUGCAGUAAUUAGAUUUUCCAGUACCCAAAUGAAUUAAGCUACAUCUAGAACGGCAUACAUUAGCUGACUGCAUCUUAAGGUGAUUAUAUUGGUUGGUCAUUAUAAUGCUGCAUGAAGUAUGUUAUUAUAUAAUGUAUAUUUAAUCCAUUAAGCAACCCAUGUUCAACUUCUAUCCUACUAAAAGUAGCAAUAUGCUGUAUACUUUAUCUUUAUCUUGCAAACGCCACACGGAAAAACUGGGGGCAAGACUCGAAUCCAGAACUUUGGAACUGUGAGGCAGAUGUGCUCACCACGAGUAUACUGUGCUGCCAUGUGCCCUAAAUUUCUUGUCAUGGGUGCAAAUUGAAAAUACUAUAUUCUCAGGCUGCUGCAGUCAUAGACCCUUUUUUCGAGGGUUAGGCGGCUGCACAUUUUAUGAAUAAAAUUAAACAUGACAUGCAUCAAAACGUUAUGAAAACAUCCAAGCUUCAAAGAUAACCCACACAAAAUUG